AUGGUUGGCGGACUCCGAAAGCCGCAACCCACGCCUUGUCAUCACCCCAUUGCCUCUUCUGACCCCUCGUCUCGGGUCUCGGGCCAACUGGUUCUGAUGUUCGUUCGAACCACACGCCCCCCUUGGCAAGUCCAUGAUACCAUGGAUGCGCGUGAAGAGGACGGAAAUUCCUCCGUCAACUUGUCUUCAACUGUCUCAAGCCUUGUGCACUCCCUCUACGGCGUACAGAGUCUAUUUCUGUUAGUACCACCACUAUUAUCACCUCUCUCUGCCACUCCGCUCCUGGCAGUGCUACGAUGCAGGUGCCUUGUUCCUGGUGCCUUGCAGUUCAAUAGUCAACUGCUACCACGCUACGAGGCACUUACUCGUAUCUUACUUUAG